AUGAUGGUCCGACAUUCUCAUUCAAUGAUUGUACUAUUAUCACAAGUGCUGUUAGGCUGUCUAUUAGCUUCCGUUGCUAAUUGCGAGCUCUUUGAUUUUUUUGACGGUGGCGUGGAUCGUACCGACACUAUAGACACCGCACAGCAAUCUUCUUAUUAUAAUCCACAAGAAGCUGGUGGUGGUGGUGGUGGUGGUGGUGGUGGUGAUGACGAAGAAAUGAUCAAAAUCAUGGUUGGCUUUCGAGACAAAGGAGACGGAAACAAUUACAAACGGAAUCAACGAAUGCAAAGUCGAGAUGGGAGUUCCAAGUCCAAGAUUACCUACGAAUUCCAGAAUACCAAUGGGAUGGCCAUGGAAGUGACGAGAGCAGAGUUUGAACAAAUGAAACAAGAUCCUGCCUUUAGUACGGUCGAAGAAGACGUGGAAGUUCGAGUAGCGACUCCCGCGACUCCUACUGCCAACAACAACACCAUGGAAGCUCACGAACGAUGGCUGGCCGAAGCAAGGUCCUAUGGACUCGCAAUGACUCAAGCCGAUCAAGCCAUUCCAGUCCCACCUUCGGAAUGGUCCCAAUGCGUUGCUUACAUGUGCAUUGUCGAUUCAGGAGUCUAUGUCAAUCACAAUGAUAUUCCGUACAAUCGCAACGAUGGAUAUACGGAUGGGUCAGCCUUUGGUCAAGCUGCGGGGGAUCAAUGGUGGAACCCCAUCAAGACGCCGCAUGGUACAAAUGUAGCAGGAAUCAUGUUUGCAACCGGGGGCAAUGAUGCGGGAAUGGUGGGAGUCAUUCCACAACAUCCCUCGCAAUCCAAAGUGUGUCUGCGAGUCGCCAAGGUAUUUCCGAAUGGACAGGAAGUCACUUCGGUAUCUGCCAUUCUACAAGCCGUCGAAUGGUGCGCUUCUGUAACCGCGCGGAACAACAAGCCCAUGGUGAUCAAUCUUUCCUUGGCCACGGAUAUCAAAACCAGUACAGAAGAGCGAGUCUAUCAACGAGUUUACGACCAGGGUGUGCUAAUAGUAGGGGCUGCCGGCAAUUUGGGAAAUGCCAAAGUCUCCUACCCGGCCAGUCAUCGCUCGGUAAUGUCCGUGGGCAGUGUCAGUUCCAACAAGCAACGGUCUUCCUUUUCGCAAUACAACGACUUUUUGGAAAUUGUUGGACCUGGAACCGACAUUCUAGCGACCAAUGCGGAUGGAUCGAGCAUUGGUACCCUAUCGGGAACUUCCUUUGCGGCUCCCUAUGUGGCAGCGAUUGCCGCCAGGAUUUGGGCGAGGAAUCCUCAUUGCAGCAACGAACAAGUUCGAUCCUCUCUACGAGAUAGUGCUAUCCGACUAGGAAAUGGAGUGCCCAAUCAAGAGUAUGGUUACGGACUAGUCCAAGCCGUCGCUGCCUACAAUAAUUUGGUCAACAAGAAUUGCAACAAGCCCACACCCGCUCCAACACCUUACCCGACCACGCCACCCACUCCACCUCCAACUCCCGGGCCUACACUAUCUCCAUCCAAAAUGCCCACCAAUGUUCCUUCGAUGGAACCAACUGCGGCACCCAGUAUAGAACCGACGGAAACCUGUCAACAACGAUUGUUUUCGUGCGAACGCGACGAAGAUUGUUGUCGGGGAUUGGUCUGUGCCAUUGAUUCCCUCGAGACGACUGAAAAUUGGGUUUGUAGGGCAAGUACAGAUUCGGGAAUGCGGAACAAGCCAAGAUUGAGUCAAAUGGACAAUAGCCAAUGUCGGGGUGGAUUUGCCGGUGGUUGUUCUAAAUAUGAUUCCUGGUAG